UCCCCUAAAUAUUGAUUACAAGGACUAAUAGUAAAGGUGUCGAGUUAAAUGCCAAUAGGGUUAGUUAUUGAAGACUCUAGGUUAAGUUAGUAACUACAGUGAAAAUUAGUGGAUAGUUUGUUUCUGGGAUUUUAGUGUUAUUUAUUAUCGGGACAAUUUUAUAAAGACUCAAGACGAAAGGAGUCCUGAUUCUAGAAGUAGCUGGAGUUGCAAUGCAUUUGAAGAAAACGUUUUUGUAUUUUGAAGGGGACUCUAGCGAGCGGGUUCCGUUGUUACAGGGAGAUGAUGGGCUGUCUCCGCGGCCGAGCCAGCAGUUCAACGUGAUCCGGCGCGUGUACCAGCAGGACACACUCAACCGGGACGCCGACUACCAGGUGCCGGUUAAACCACUGGGCAAACGAUGCAAGAAGGCGGUCCGGAGCUGCGGCUUCGGGUCAUGCCUCAGCAACAGCCUGCCGAUCACGCGGUGGCUGCCGCGGUACCGCUUCGGGGACUACCUCGUCGGGGACCUCGUCGCCGGCGCCACCACCGCCGUCAUGCAUAUACCACAAGGUAUGGCAUACGCGCUGCUGGCGGAGGUGCCGCCGAUAGUGGGUCUGUACAUGGCGUUCUUCCCGGUCCUCCUGUACGUGGUGUUUGGGACUUCGCCCCACGUCUCCAUGGGCACCUUCGCGGUGGCCUGCCUUAUGGCUGGAAAGGUGGUACUGCAGCACUCCACACACCCUGAACUGAUCAUAGCCAAUGCUACUGCUGCUGUUAACGUGACAGAUCCUGUGAUGGAGGCGACGGGGUACUCGCCGCUACAAGUGCUCAGUAUAGUCACACUCACCGUCGGCUUGUUCCAGGCGAUAAUGUGGGCGCUCCGGCUGGGUGCGGUGUCGACGCUGCUGUCGGAGCCGCUGGUGUCGGGGUUCACCACCGCCGCCAGCUUCCACGUCAUGGCCUCGCAGCUGAAGGACAUCUUCGGCGUCAGGAUACCUAAGACGGGUCCUAACUAUAAAGUCGUGCUGACGCUGAUAGAGAUGGGCCGCAACAUAUCGGCGCUGAACUGGGCGGCGGUGGUGAUCUCGCUGGUCACCUGCACCAUCAUCGCCGUCAACAACGAGAUACUCAAGCCGUGGGUGAGCAAGCGCAGCCGCGUGCCGGUGCCGAUCGAGCUGCUGGCGAUAGUGGCGGGCACGCUGGCGUCGCAGUACGCCCAUCUCAAGGACACAUACGGGAUAUCGCUCGUCGGGAACAUACCUACUGGCCUCCCCGUACCGCAAGUGCCGCCGAUCGAGCUGGCGCCGUCGAUCGCGCUGGACGCGUUCACCAUCACCAUGGUGACAUACACCAUCUCCAUGUCCAUGGCGCUCAUCUUCGCCAGCAAGGAGAAGUAUGAGAUUGACGCCAAUCAGGAGCUGUUGGCGCUGGGCGCCAGCAACGUGUUCGGUUCGUUCUUCAGCUGCGCGCCGAUGUGCGCCAGUCUGUCCCGCUCAUACAUACAGUAUCAGGCGGGCAGCAAGACAGGUGUGACGUCAGUGGUGUCGGCGCUGCUGAUCCUGUGCGUGCUGCUGUGGGUGGGGCCGUUCUUCGAGCGCCUGCCGCGCGCCGUGCUCGCCUCCAUCAUCGUCGUCUCGCUUAAGGGCAUGUUCAUGCAGGUCAAGGAUCUUAAAAAGUUCUGGCGGCUGAGCCAGCUGGACGCGUGCGUGUGGCUCGUGACCUUCCUAGUGACCGUGCUCGUCAACAUCGACAUCGGGUUGGGCGCAGGGCUGGUGGCGUCAGUGGGCGCGCUGUUCGCGCGAUCGCAGCGGCCGUACACGUGCCUGCUGGGCCGCGUGCUCGACACCGACCUCUACCUCGACAUCAAGCGCUACCGGGCGGCGGAGGAGAUCCCCGGCAUCAAGAUAUUCCACUACUGCGGCGGGCUGAACUUCGCCAGCAAGAACCUGUUCCGCGACACGCUGUUCCGCAAGAUCGGCUACCUCAAGCCUGCUGAUGAUGACCACGAGACCGACAGCGACACCCUGGACUUCGACUCCAAUAUCAGCAACAAGGUGCAGUGCGUGAUAAUCGACGCGACGGCGCUGUCGUACGUGGACGGUCCCGGCAUUAAGAGUUUGGUGUCGGCGCAGCGCGAGCUCACACACAGCCGCAUCACCGUGCUGCUCGCUGGUGCUAACGGUCCCGUGCUGGAGAUGAUAGAGCGGUACAACAGGCUGGAGUCGGAGCGGCUGCAGCUCGACACCUUCCCCACCGUCCACGACGCCGUCGUCUACCACAACAUGCUGCACAACAAGAAGGGCCAGGAGAUAGCCCUGUCCGCCUGAGAACUUACGCCUGAGGACUUAGUACCGAAGACGAGUGGCAGACUAAAGCCCAGUUUCAGCAACGUCUGCUAGUGUCAACAGCUUGUUAAAAUGCCACGACCUCUCUUUCAUUCAUACGAAAAACGAAAGAGGUAACAUGAUACUAAUUCGAACGUUAACUUUAACAGUCGUUGGUGAAAUUAGACCUAAGAGGCUAAGGCCCAGUUUCAUCAGACAUCAACGUCUGUUGAAGUUAAUGCUCGACUUAGUAUCACGUUACCUCUCACGUUUUUUAUAUGAAUGAAAGAGGAGACAUG